AUGCCCCUGCUCAAGCUCACCACAAAAGAUGCGUCGCCUUGGCUCUGGGUGGAAAACACAUGGGCAGUCAUCCUGUGUGCUUUGGCUCUUGUCUUGCACCUCAUUGUACGAGGUCAUGAGUAUGGACUGGAGGACUUGCUUCUCAUUCUGGCGUUCAUCCUCGCCAUGGCGUCGCUUGGAUGUAUCUAUCAAGCGCUCCAUGAUGGACUGGGUAUCUCUCAUCGCAGCUUACCAGAAGAGCAAACCCUUCGGAUUGCCUCAUUAGUCAUGAAGAGCUCGUGUUUGUGUUUCGUUGCAGACGGCUUCUCGAAACUUUCGACAGUGGCAAUGCUGUACAAGAUCAUCUGCAGAGGCACCAUGAGAGACAAGAAGUACAUUGCAGUGUUUGCUAGUGUUUCAGGGCUCACCGCUAUCUGGGCGAUUUCCGCUGCUGCUACUUGGGCUUCUCGUUGUUCGCAACUACAUCUAUCACCUGCGCCUCAGCCAGUGGUCUGCAGUCGUAAUGCAAAGAGCCUUGAGGCGAUUCUAAUUCUCAGCAUCAUCAUCGAGCUGUUCAUCUUUCUGUCGUCAUCAUAUUUGUUCUGUGGACUCAACAUGAAGAUGCAAUACAAAGUCACCGUCAUAAGUAUAUUUGGCAUGAGACUGCCUCUUAUACCAAUCUCAAUUGCUUUCGUCGUUGCCUUCAAUCAUUACAUCGACUCAGAGAACAGCUCCACGAUCGUGUAUGGAUCCGCGCUUCACUGGCAAAUCGCUCUGGUUGGUUACAGCUUUCUCGCGACAGCGAUUCAACCCUUGAAGCGUGCUGCGACUAGCCUCAGUACUCACACGAAAGUACCUGUGAGCAACGCUAGCCGAGGUUCCAAGUCCGGACAGUCUUCGAAGUUACGCUCAGUGAGCAAGACCCGACAGUCGCGCUUUUUGACUCCGCCGCCACUGCCUUCAACUCGUUCAAGUUCGCGAGUAGAAGGCCAAUUAGACUCUGACUCGAUCGAGAGUCAUGGAUCUCAGGAUCGCAUUGUGAAGAAGACGGAUGUUCAAAUCACCUACAGCGACGACGGAAGGGCCUGA